GGAAAAUGUACACAUUAGCGCUUCUUCAACAACGGUCGUUUCUUUCAAAUUUGAAAUGUGUUUGAACAUUGUUUGAAAUUUUGACUCAAAAAGUUAUUCAACGUAGUGUUUUUUUAUCAAAUAAUAUUCCAAAAAGUGAUAAAAUCCCGAUACUAUGACUUCUGCUGCCCAAAGUACCAAGUCGGCAAUUACAGUGAGGGGUUCAGCAGAUAUAGUCUGUGAUUAUUUGAAUUAUGGAAUCAAUUCUAUUUUAUAUCAACGCGGUUUGUAUCCACCGGAGAAUUUUAAACCAGACGAAAACUAUGGACUCACCAUUUUGAUGUCUACAGAUACAAAAAUUAAGGAAUUCUUAUCGAAAACUUUGGAUCAAUUAAAUGGUUGGUUAGUAGAGAGGGCGGUAAACAAAAUAGCCCUAGUGAUAACGAAUGUUAAAACACUGGAAAUUAUGGAGAGAUGGGAUUUUAAAGUGGAAUAUGAUGAAGCGUCACUGACCAAUCCCGAAAAAGUUUCUGAAAAACCACUUAAACAAAUAAAAAACGAAAUUAGGGACGUACUCAAACAAAUAGCCUCAUCUGUGGCUUUUUUACCAUUGCUGGACUGUGUGUGUAGUUUUGAUAUACAGAUUUAUACAAAGCCGGAAGUUGAGUUGCCCAAAGAAUGGGCAGAGGCUGCUCCAGCUAAUAUUAAGAACGCUCAAAGUGUUAAAAUGAGGUCGUUUUCGACGAAUAUUCAUAAAAUGGAGACUGUGGUUACUUAUAAAAAUGAUGAUUGAUUUUUAACUAUUUUUAAGUAAUAAUAUUUAUAGGUACAUUAGUUUUAUAUAUAUAAUUUAGGAACUAUUACCUCAUGUUUGACUGUAUCUGAUCUUUUUUUUAGAGCAUUUUUGUAUUAAGUAACAUUCUGCGAAUUAAAAAAAUAUUUUACAAUAAGUAUAAUUUUUUUUUACGAACUACAAAAAUAUAAUAAUAAUAAUAAUAAUAAUGUUUAUUCAUGUAAGAAAUUUGUUUACAGUAAAUACAAUAAAAAUGGGUAAUUCACAAUAAACAUAAAAAAAAUCACAGAAGUGAAAAAUUUCACUUGUAUGUGAUGUAGAUACCAUAAAAUAAGUUUUAUGAACAAGUUAGUGUACAUAAAACGUCACAGUAGAGAACAAGUCACAAUCAGAAGCAAAAUAAUACUUGACAUAUUCAGUUAAAAAGUCACAUCAGGGAUAUUAGGACGUAAUUUGAGUAAAACGUUACAAUAAAGACUG